ACCAAACAAAAUCGUAUCAAAUAAGAGGCAGAGGCAGAGGCAACAUCACGGAAACAUGGGAUUGGGAACCACGACUGUUCCUAUGAACAUUGUUCCACGAUUCGGGUUGCUCCGAAACCACCUCACCUCCAUCCGGGUCAACAACUCUUCCUGUUUGAGCUUCCCUGUCUCUCGGAGAAGGAAUAGGAGCUUUGGUAGAUUUGUUUGCUUCGCUGUUGAUGAUGACCUCAGACAGAAGCAGCAAGAGUUGAGUACAACUUCAAGUGGACUUGGCUCAGCCAUUGAAGAAAGACCUGAAAAUACGGAUCUGCUUGGUAGUGCAACUGAAGAAACAGCGGAAAAUUUUAAGCAAGAUGGUGAAGGAAGUGCUAUCUAUGAUUUUCUUUACCCUAGUAAAGAGCUUCUUCCUGAUGAUAAAGAAAUGAGCAUAUUUGAUCAUCUUGAAGAGCUGCGACAGAGAAUUUUUAUAUCAGUUCUAGCAGUUGGAGCAAGCAUUUUGGGAUGCUUUGCGUUUUCAAAAGAACUCAUAAUGGUUCUUGAAGCUCCUGUCAAAACACAGGGUGUAAGAUUUCUUCAGCUAGCUCCUGGCGAAUUUUUCUUCACGACUGUAAAGGUGUCUGGAUAUUGUGGCCUCCUCUUGGGAAGUCCCAUCAUCCUCUAUGAAAUCAUAGCCUUUAUACUUCCAGGUCUAACAAAAUCUGAACGAAGGUUUCUAGGGCCAAUUGUCUUAGGCUCAUCGGUUCUUUUCUAUGCCGGAAUAACAUUCUCGUACUUAGUUCUGACACCUGCAGCAUUAAAUUUCUUUGUUAGUUACGCUGAAGGUGUUGUUGAAUCAUUGUGGUCCAUUGAUCAAUACUUUGAGUUUGUUCUGGUGCUUAUGUUCAGUACAGGCUUGUCUUUUCAGGUACCUGUUAUACAAUUUCUAUUGGGACAAGUUGGAUUGGUGUCUGGAGACCAGAUGCUAUCAGUUUGGAGGUAUGUUGUGGUUGGCGCAGUAGUGGCAGCUGCUAUAGUUACGCCAUCCACUGAUCCUCUCACUCAAGUUCUUCUAGCAGGACCAUUAUUGGGUCUUUACCUAGGUGGGGCAUGGAUGGUCAAGCUUACAGGACGGUGACCUUAGCCCCACAUAUCUUGAUAUGUGCUAGAAUUUUGUCAGCCUGAACAAAUGUUCAUGUACAUUCACACAGCAAUCUAGUGUAUAUUUUUACUUGUACCAGAGCAUAACCCUUCCUAUAUUCUGAUUAAUUUAAACAUAUAAUUCUGUAACUAGUUAUUCCCAAAUUCCGUCAGAUCUUGGCAUUUGGAGCUAUUGGUUUAAAAAAUCUU